CAUUAAUUCUUUUUGAGUUAAAAGAGCUGUAGCGAGUGAUGUAAACAUUAGGCUAGCGGGGGGCUUUGUUCAUCACAGGAUAACUCAGAACGGUGACAAGCUCGGUCAUGUUUCUGUCACGCGCUGGUGCUUCAGGUGGUACCAUAAACAAUGUAAUGUGUACUGCAGUGAGAUGAAGAUUAAGCCGUGAACCAAACGGUCGCUAAAAUUCUCCACAUUCAGUCUACUGCAUCCUGAAAGCGUUCCGACAGAACAGUUCAGACAGUGUGAAAGUUGUUAUCUUAUAAGAGCCAUCACGCAUCACAGGUCUCGUCUGUCACAGCCGAGAUGGAAAUCACUAAACCUCAAUGAAACUUCGAAGGAGAGGCUACAAGUUUGUUGGAUCUUAUAUGUAGAGGAAACAUUGUGCUGAGCCUCAAUGGCAGAACAUCUAGGUUUACUGGAAGCAUGUGUUGUUGUUGGAGCCUCAAACGACAAGCUGAAGGAGCUGUAUGAGUCUCUGCAACAGGAGAAUCCGGUUCCUCUUCCACUGCUCGACCCGGAGGUCUUGCACGUCCAUGCGCCUCCGUUUGUGACGAAGGAGAACAUCACUGAGCCUGGGAUAGGACACUUCAGUCGGGGCCAGAGAAGACGCUCUUUCAUCAAAAAGAAGAACAACAGGCCAGGGCUUGCCCCUGGAAACACAAAAUCAAGUGAGGGCUGUACGGGGGACGUGUCUGUGCCCAAAGAUUUAGACCUGGUGGCUCUGCCUCAGCUAUGCUUUCCAGGAGGACUUCAGGUAUCCAAGGAGCCGAAGGAUGAUCAUUUCCACUUCCUGGUCUUCACUGACGUCUUUGGAAACCAGACGCAUGGAGUAGUUGUUCAGUAUUACAGACUUAUACAGAUAAAUCAGGUAUUCCAGGAGGGUGUGCAGCACCAGAAUGGCCACGUCCACAAGCAUCCUCAAUUUUAUGCACCUUAUGGAGUUUGUAUUAUAUCUAAGCACCCCUACUACACUGCUUUGAAGGACUGUCUAUCAUGCCUACUGGGGCAACUGAAAACGUGCCGGAUGGCAGAUCUGGAUGAGCGAGUGAAAGAGUUUUCAGCCAAACUGGCUUUGGUGCCCAUUCCUCCCCCUGGUAUACUGCAUGUGAUGUUCGCCCUGCGACCCCUGACAAUCGUGCUUCCGUCAAGAGAGGAUAAAGAUCGUCCUGUCGUUGACCUGGACCUGCACCUCCCAUUCCUGUGUUUCACACCCAGAGUAUUGCUGCAGAUAAUUACCAGUAUCCUGACAGAGCAGCGACUGGUGUUCUUCUCUUCUAACUGGGCUAGGCUGACACUAAUGGCAGAGUGCUUCAUGCUGUAUAUCCACCCUCUGCGCUGGCAGCACCCUCUGGUGCCAACACUCUCCCGCCAAAUGCUGGACUUCCUCAUGGCACCCACUGCUUUCCUCAUGGGCUGCCAUCUCAGCCAUUACAAGGAGGUUGCUAAGGAGACAGAUGACUUGAUUUUGAUCAGUGUUGAUGAAGGGACCAUCUCCUCAGACCAUGUUGACAUACCAGAACCUCCACGUGCAGCUGCUGAAUGUUUUAAGAGACGGCAAAAUGGCCUUCAUUUACACUAUGAUGUAGAGGCAGUUCACCAGGGUGCCUGCAUGGAUAUUAAUGAUCUACGCAUGCGAAGGAGAAGGUGGCAGGAGAACCUCAAUUGGGAGAUACAGAAGGUCACUCUGGAGUUUAUUGUGAAUAUCCUCAGGGAUGUCAGUGAUCACCUCAAUUAUGAACACAGGGUCUUCAACACUGAGGAAUUCCUGAAGACCAGAGAACCUGUGGACCAGCCAUUUUAUAAAAAGGUUUUGGAAUCACACAUUUUUCAUUCCUUCUUGAAAGAUCGUUUAAGCAGAAAGACAGAUGCCUUCACACGGAUGGAGCUGAGCACUCGAACAGAGGCCCAAAAAAUGAAAGCUGGAAUUGAGAACCCUCGGAGGCCCACCAUGCAAGAGAUGGCGCGGAAAUACAGCUGUCCAGAGAAUCGCCUGAGUAAGCGGUUAGGUGCAAGCCUACCCAAUCUAGGGGAAGAGAAACAUCUCAGCAUCCCGAGACACGCCUCACUCACCAAAGCCAUUCCUGACGUCUCUCUAGAUAUCCCGGCCAAGCAGAUUAAAAUAUUUAAGCUGCCAGACUUCCCUCCUCCUUUGGUGUAUCAGUAUGUCCACCACUAUUAUGGAGAGGUGACCCACCAGCUAGGGAAAGCCAUGGCCUCUCUCCCCACUGGUGACUCUUCUCUGCUAGCCAGAUAUUACUACCUCCGUGGUCUCGUCAACACAUUAAAUUCCAAACGUUUGGAGGCCCUCAGCGAUUUUCAGAACCUGUACAAAACAGACAUUGAGCUGUUCCCUGGGGAGCUGGUCCGGACGCUGGUGGACUCUAUGCAGAAGGAGGAGAAGGCUCAGGCAGAGAGGCGUCCUGAACUCAAGCGGCUGCUCUGUAAGCUGAAGAGCGAUGAGAAGAGUGAGCUGGGGGCGGAUGACCAUGUGAAGAAGUUUCAGCUUCCGAAAAGCUCCAUGCAUCUGGAGGAGUUUGUGACAUGCAUUCAGGAGUCAGGCAUUGUCAGAGAUAUGGCCACCAUCCACAGACUGUUCGAGGCUCUCACUGAUGGUCAACAGAAAGUGGUAGAUCCAGAGCUGUUUCGAGUUUUUUACACAUUCUGGAGGGAGACAGAGGCGGAGGCCCAAGAUGUUCAUCUGCCCUCUGAGGUCAUUGAGCAUCUGGAUAAUAAUGAGUGUGUGUACAAACUGUCCAGCUCGGUUAAGACCAAUCAUGGCGUUGGGAAGAUUGCUAUGACACAGAAGAGGCUCUUCUUGUUGACUGAGGGCAGGCCAGGAUAUGUUGAAAUCACCAAGUUCAGAGACAUUGAGGAAGUGAAGAUCUCUGCUGCUUCAUUCCUGUUGCUAAGAAUUCCCUCUCUGAAGAUCAAGAGCAGUCUGAGGAAGGAGGUUUUCGAGGCCAAUCUGAAGUCUGAGUGUGACCUUUGGAGCCUGAUGAUCAAAGAGAUGUGGGCAGGCAGGAGAAUGACUGAUGACCACAAGGAUCCUCAGCACAUGCAGCAGGCUUUGACUAAUGUUCUUCUCAUGGACGCUGUUGUGGGCUGUCUACAGUCACCAAAAGCCACCAUAGCUGCCUCCAAACUGGCUUACUAUGAUAAGAUGAAGAAGGAGGUGCCUAUGAUGGUACCUAAAACCACAGUGGAGGCUCUGAAGCACAGGAUAAAUCCAUCUCUAUGCAUGACCACACCACAGACUGUAGAUGUCCUGCUGUACACUCCAGGCCAGUUACUUUUGUCAGACAGUGACCUGAACGGGACUCCUAAGCUUUGGUGUGCUCUUAGACAUGGAAUGGUUGUGGUGUUUGAUGCUGCUAGCUGGUCCAUGCAGCAGAACUGCAUCCAAGUAGGAACUAAACAACUGAAUUGCAUGCUGGGAUUGGACCAGGAGCAGGUGUGGAUUGGCUCUCAGGAUUCUGUGAUUUACAUCAUCAACACCCGCAGCAUGUCCUGUCAUAAGCAGCUGACUGACCAUCGAGCUGAGGUCAUGGACUUUGCUCUGGAAGAGAAGAGCAGCAAGUACAGCCACACUCAGGUGUACUCGUGUAGCGCUGACGGCUUUGUGAUUGUUUGGGAUGCUCUCACUCUGAAGGUGAAGAAACAGUUUCAUUUGGAUUGUGAAGGACUGAAGUUUCUAAAGCUUUAUAAUGGAACACUAUGGUGUGGUGCCAGAGACUGUAUCAUGGAAGUGAGGAAGAGCGGAGCGCUUCAUCGUAAGCUCUCACUACCCGAGGCUGUGAUGAGUACAAACGCUACGUUCAGCAGCUUCCUGCUACUAGUCGAGAAAGGGGAGAUCUGGACCAGCUUCUCAGAUUCAGGGGAGCUGUGUGUGUGGGCCUUAACAGACGUGACUGCGCCAUCCAACAGGAUCAUACUCCCAGAAUGCACUGGAGUCACAUGCAUGAUAAGGGUCAAGGACCAGAUCUGGGUGGGCUGUCAUGGCAGUAGUCCCAUGCCGAGCAGCGUGAGCGGGAAGAUAUUCGUGUUGGACUCGGAGAGCUGCAGUGUGCGGAAGGAGCUACAGGCUCACACAGACAGUGUUCAAGCUCUGUGCUCUGCCGAGGACCGCUAUGUAUUCAGUGGCUCUGCUAAACAUGAUGGUAAGAUUGCCAUCUGGAAAGUAGAGUAGAGAGAAACGAGACCCAGGUCAGCCUUGGAUGAAGAAGAAAAAAAAAAUUCAACAGUCAAUUUUUCCUGACAGAGGCACAUUUGGCAUGCCUCAGUAGAAAGAAACAGGCCAUGAAGUCAGGGCUCAAACCCUGAGCAAAUGACCGAGGAGGACAGCCAUUUCAGCCCCUCAGGCCUCAGUGGAUGCUGCUAAGCAGAACAACAUUAAAAGCAAUAAUGCUUUGAAAUGGCAUAAACAAAGGUGUGAUGAUGACUUGUGUAUUCAAUGGGAGAUACUGCACGCUGAAGUUUGUUGCAAUAAGGACAUCCAGUCAGAAAAUCGAAUUACAAACAUCUCUGUUGAUACCUGCUGGGACAUGCUCUUUUAUUGAACAGGCAGCAAGGAGAACCACUGCCCAGCACUGUUCGAGUGGCCGGGACAGCCAUACAGCUUCAAAACAUGGUAGACACAGAGACUUACUCUAACUAAUUCACAGCCCUACACAAUAAAGCAUGAAAAGCACAACAACAUCUUAAAACCCAACAACAUUAAUGACAAAAAAUGUCUUAUCGGGAGCAUGGUGCCCUAAGAGCCUCUCUGCACUGCCACUUUGCAUGGUUGUAGAUGGCCAUCACCAGUGGCAGAAUGCCACAAUAUUAUGUAAAACCAGAUGGGUUGUACACAUCUGUUGUAUUAUAAUCGCAGGCAGGUUCAAAAAGUGUUUAUUGUAUACAACAAAUCUUUUAUCAAAUCCAGUAGCCUCAACAUCCAGGUCUACACCACCCCCACAAGACCAAAAGCAGCAACCCAAGCAAGGCCAGUAUCACAAAUUUUCCACCAGGUUUUAACAGAGUUUGUGUUUGUGCCUCCCUCUUAUUGCUUGGGGAACUGUAGCAGUAUUCAAAAAGCAUUUCAGAGUUGGACUGCUGUUUCUGGAUCUGUAAUGAUCCUUGAAACAUCAUGAAUAGAAUCAGUAUGUUCAGAGAGAAUCUAAUCCAAAUUGGCACUGUGACUCAUUAUGAAUUCAGGUUGCAUUUCCCUCGCCCAUGUGGAGAACGGUGAUUGGCUAGACUCGCUGUGGAGUGUGGGAGGCUCGCCAUAACACCAGAGACCCCAGACCAGCACUCAAAUGCUGACAUGUCAAUGGAAGGAAUUUUUGGGAUGUGUUUACUAGACAAUGUAGAUACACAUCUGCAUCUUCCCCCAGUGCAUGCGGUUGUGCAGAUAAUAGCCACACUGUUGUUCAUGUUAAUCUAGAUGUGAUAAUUGCAGGGGGAGAAACAGUGGUCUCUUUUUGGUAUUUGUUGAAAAGUAAAAUAACUUUUGAAACAGA